UGUCCUUCCCAAAACCCUAGCUGCGCUGCUCGGAAGCCGCUGAAGAAGAAAAUGGUGUCUGGUUCUGGAAUCUGCGCCAAGCGCGUCGUCGUCGACGCAAGGCACCACAUGCUCGGGAGGCUGGCUUCGAUCGUGGCCAAGGAGCUUCUCAAUGGUCAGAAGGUAGUCAUUGUCCGAUGCGAAGAAAUUUGCAUCUCCGGAGGCUUGGUUCGCCAGAAGAUGAAGUACAUGAGGUUCUUGAGGAAGCGUAUGAACACCAAACCCUCCCAUGGCCCCAUUCACUUCCGCGCCCCUGCCAAGAUCCUUUGGCGAACAAUCCGUGGAAUGAUCCCGCACAAGACUAAGCGUGGAGCUGCUGCUCUUGCUCGUUUGAAGGCAUAUGAAGGUGUUCCUCCUCCCUAUGACAAGAUGAAGAGAAUGGUCAUUCCUGACGCUCUCAAGGUUUUGAGGCUUCAAGCUGGACACAAGUACUGCUUGUUGGGUAGACUCUCAUCAGAAGUGGGAUGGAACCACUAUGACACUAUCAAGGAGCUUGAAAGGAAGAGGAAGGAGAGGGCUCAAGCCGCAUACGAGAAGAAGAAGCAGUUAACAAAGUUGAGGGUCAAAGCCGAGAAGGUUGCGGACGAGAAGCUCGGUCCCCAGUUGGAAGUAAUAGCCCCAAUUAAAUACUAGUUUGUUUCGAGUUUGUUAUGAACGAAUGCUCUAAUGUUAUGGGAGAAUCGAGUUGCAGGUGAAUUUGCAUUUCAUUUUAGUACCGUUUUGUUGUCUAUUGAUGAUGAUGAUGUUGGUCACCUUUUUUCUUCGGAUUUUGAAAUUAGUUAAAUUUUGUGGAAUCGGUUAUUAUUCCUCUCUAUUCGAAUA